GUUUGACAGUUGACAAAUGAGAUUGCUUUCGGCUUUCGGAGUUUCGGCAUUAUUUUUCUGUUGAUUUGUUUGAUAGAAGGUAGAUAGUUAAGUUCAGUUUUUUCUAUUUUUUAAAUACUAUAUCCCAUUAAACAUAACUACCAUGUAUGAACAACAUUUACCGGUGCUGGACCCUCAUGCAGAUCAAGUUAACAUAAUUCCACCAGAUGUGGUGAAUGGGCACCGUCCGUGCCAAACCCGCGAAGUGAAAUGGCUGCGACUUGAUAAAAUCUAUCAGAAGUUCUACCGUCCGAACUUCUACGACAUCGGCGGCACUUAUAUGCAAGAUGUGCCAGACUACUGGUUCUCGUUCAAAACAGAACAAGUUGGUAUCACAUUCCUCCUACAUAUAUUUAUUCGUAAUCAAGGUGUGACUUCCUUUAAUGUAGCCCUGAGCUGUGGAAACAAGUUUAAAGUUGACAGAAAAACGGAAACAGUGUACUUGCAACAUUACCUGAAAGAGUUUCAGUUCAGACAACUCGGUGAGAUGUCACACACUUACCUCACUACUUAUGAUUUCUCAGAGUUAGACAUACAAUGUUUGAAAAAUAGGAAGUUGCACAUUGCUGUCUCAUUUCCAUUUACUGAGAGUACAGAUAUUAGUCUGGAAGUUAUUAACAGUAUUAAACUCAAACAUGAUUGCAGUGCUUUGUUUGCGGAACCUAUUGGCUCUGACUUUGUGAUAGAAUCUGCAGAUGGAGUAAAGUUCCAGAUACACAGAGUCAUACUUGCAUCCCACAGUGAAGUUUUCAAGGCAAUGUUAAAGGGGGACACAGCUGAGAGCCAGAACAGCUACGUUAAACUAAUUGAUGUUAGCGGGGAAGAUCUCCGGUACAUGUUAGAGUAUAUAUACUCCGGAACAGUAAUAGACUUGGAGAAUGCUAAUUUUGGAAACCUUCUGAUGCUGGCCGAUAGGUUUAACUUGAAAGGCCUGUGGGAACUAUCUGAGUAUGCUCUAUCUGAACACCUGAGUCCAGACAAUGCACUGGAUAUUUUGAUGAUUGCUGACAUGCACGAGUCUGACUUUCUUAAAACUGAGGCAUUGAAAUUUAUAAAAGAAAAUAAAGAAAUUUUAAGCAGCAGCACUUUUGAAGAGAUAACUAAUCAUGAUUUGCUCAAACAAUUGUGCUGUUUUCUGUCCGAGUAGACUAGGUGAAGGAGUCUAGUUGUAUGCAUGUUUACUUGUACAACAAUAUACAUGCGAGGAAGUUACUGUCAUUGUGUAAAAGAGUGCAGGUUGUUGAUGUGAGCAUAUUUUGGUUCACAUAUAGAAAACUUGCUCAUAUUUCUAAGUCAUUUUCAUUGAAGUAAUUUUAUAUAAUCCUGUAUCAUAAUAUGUAAGUAAAAUGUUGAUAAUAUUCAUGUGAUAUCUAUAAUGUAAAUUAAAAUCUAGUUAAGUACGUAAUGGUCUAGCUUGGUCACAACCAAAGUAGUGUUUCAAGUAUUAUUUACUAAGUACAACUUUUAAGACCUACUUUUGUCAUACAAGUAACCAUUUGGAACAUAUUGUUUUGAAUGUUUAAAAUUAAAACCAAAUAAAUGAUAAUCCUAUGUUUAU